AUGAAUCUUUUAAGGAAGUGUUUGGGGAAACUGUUGGAGUGGAUCAGCACGUGGAUGAAAUGUGGUCUGAUGAGACUUUGCAGGGUUUUCGCAACAGCCGGUGCUUUGCCAAGGAGAGCAUCUUGCCAAUCCACACCUGAGGAGUGGACAAGCAGCAUGGCGCUUCGCACGUAUGACGCAGGCGGUCAAAGCAUGGUCACAGUCCAGACCAGCACACACACCUUCUAUGUGGACCUCGGAGGGCUUUCUGACUGUAGCCAGUAUUUUCGAGCGCUGUCCCAGUCUGGAAUGAAGGAGACGGAGGAUGGCCUUGUCUGCUUGGACCACGUGUCUUCAUCUGCCUUUUAUGGUCUCCUGGAGUUUUACUUCCACCACACCUUUAGGACCCCGCCGGAGGAGGAGUUAGGCCCACAUAUACAGGCCAGCAGCUAUCUCCUGGCGGAGACCUUCCUCGCCAAGUGCCUGUCUGUCCUGGCGGACGUCCUCAGGCCAGAGAACUGUCUGUCCUACCUCGGUCUGGCCCAGGAGAUUUGCUGCGUGGAGCUGAGGUCCACCGUCUUGGCCUACCUGAGCAGGAACCUGCUGGAGCUGCCUCACGUCAUCAGGCGUCUGACCGACCAGGAGAGGGAGGAGCUCAUCCUGCUGAGGAUGCAAGGGAAGCCACACCUCUGCAGCCUCAGGAAGGAGAACCUGACCACUUGGAGAGACCCGGCCACAGAGCGUGCUCGCCAUGUGUUUGCCCAGCACGGUGGAGGAUGGCGUCCCAUCACGGAGUUCCCCUUCACAGCUGACAAGUGGAGCUUCAGUGCAGUGGUGAUGUACAACUACUUGUACAUCAUAGGAGGCUACAGGACCCUCGCAGGGAGGAGCUGGCACUUCAAGAUGGCCUCCUUUAGGUAUAACCCUCUGACUCAGGAAUGGGCCGCCAUUGCUCCGCUCAUCAAGCGUAGAAGGCACUUCAGUGCAGUGUGCUGCCAGGGCCGUAUCUAUGCGGUGGGCGGCUGGUACUUGGACUCCCUGCUCAGCCCAGACUCCAACACGGCCCUCCACACAGCUGUGGAAUGUUACAACCCGUGGGAGGACACCUGGAGGUUUGUGUCAUCGUUGCCGCUGACGGACUUCCAGUUCAGCGUGUCGUUGUCCCACGACGUGCCCCUGGCCACCAGCCGGGCACACUGGCUCCUAGUCCUGGGGAGCAUCCAGAGGACAGGAGAGAAGGUGCUGCUGCAGUACCACACAGAAGAAGACUCCUGGUCUGAGCUGCGUCCCCCCCUCACCAGGGCCCACGUCCACCUUCCAGUUCUUUACUUCCUGGGAGCCUCCGCUGACCGGCUGGUGGUGGUCGGCGGCGACAACUCUCAUAACGUGAUGACCUCGUUCUGCGUGCGCUCCCAGCAGUGGGGGAAGGUGCACAGGCUGCCAAAAGCGGCGUUGGUGGGCCAGGGGACGCUUGUAGGCCAGCAGGUCCUGAUGGCCAGUCUAGAACACAACACUGUGGUGGCCAUGGAUCAACAAUCUCUCUCCUUCACUACCUUUCCUCCUCUGCCCACCUCCGUCUGCUAUGAAGCUGUCUUCUACCUGCACAUCUUUCUUUAAUGACUUAGUCUAUUGUCAGGAUCCUUGAUGUGAUGCUAAUAAUAGUCAAUAUAAGGAUAAUAGAUGCAUCAAUACUUGUUUUUGUAUCCUGGCUGUACUUGAUCUAAUAUUUAGUCUGCCAUGACUGAGUGUAGGGGCGUGGUUGCACUGGGUGUGUGCGUGGUGUUAAUGAUGAUAAUAGUUCAUAUUAAGCAGUACAACUAAUAAAACAAACAUUUGUCAUAUACAGUAUAUAAUAUAUAUAUAUAUAUCAAAGUUUAUUUACAUAGCCCUUCAUCACGAGUGUCUCAAAGGGCUGCACAAGCCACAACCUGGGCUCAGAUCCCGCAUCAGGGCAAGAAAAAACUCAACCCAAUGGGAUAACAAUGACAAACCUUGGAGGGGACCACAGAUGCGGGGACCCCCCCUGGGUCACCAGUGCAAUGGACGUGGAGUGGAUCUAGUUCAUAGUGUGAGAGUCCAGUCCAUAGUGGAUCUAGUUAAUAAUGUGGGAGUCCAGUCCAUAGUGGAUCUAGUUAAUCGUGUGAGAGUGCAGUCGAUAGUGGAUCUAACAUAACAGUGUGAGAGUCCAGUCCAUAGUGGAUCUAGUUAAUAGUGUGAGAUUACUGUCCAUAGUGGAUCUAGUUAAUAGUGUGAGAUUCCAGUCCA